CCAGAUCAACAAGAAGUCCGGACCUCAACCUCCAGGGCUGUGCCGGGGGUCAGCAUGAGUGUAAUAUUUGCCUUCAAGUUCCGGCCAGAUCUAAGAAACGGGAAUUAGCAGCAGUGGUAAUGGCCCAUGCCCACCUGGGCAGCCAGGUAGUUUAUUCGGUCGAGAAGACGCAACCGCCUCAUAUUAACAUCUAGGCUCAUAAACCAUGCUGCUGAAGUCAGCUGGUACUUUAACAGCCUUGGCCAAGGUCGCCCUUAGCUCAUAUCAUUUUACUCCCGUAGCCCUGUCGGGAAUUCUACAUCGAGAAAUCUACGACGAUUGUUCGUAUAGAAGCCCGGUUGUCGGGUUCAUCUCAUUCUUUCGGAAAAAAGAGCCAAUGCUGAUUAUGGGGAUGUGGCAGGCCAUGACUUGGACAGCGCAAGAUUCUAGAAGAGAUAACCUUGAACCUUGGAAUGGAUAGGUAGUCUGCCGGAAUAUCCAGCGUUACACCGGUAUGACAAACGGAUCAUGACACAACAUGAAGGAAAAACUCGGUUUGUCCCCCGUCAUCCAAUAAACCCCUUGCCGCUCAUCAUCUUCUCAGAUUAACGAACGAACCAGUGACGAGUCGAGCCUGUGGCCAGAUCAAAGUGUACGAAACCGGAGAAAAGAGAGAGAGAUCCUAUUAUCAAAUGUAUUUGAAGUUGUAGUAAGAUAUAAAGGGAGUGUCAAUUACUACGACCAAUAAGUCAGAGUAUGAUUUUGGGUAGGUAGAAUGUUAAAUGUUAAACCACCUCCGGAUCAAAUUCAUUGAUAGAGUAAAGCGUUCGGUUUUGUCUGAGGUUCAAAUUAAGUGUUGAGCAUGGACAAUUGGCG